AGCCGCUCCCUCUAAUUCCACCUCCUCGUGCAGCGAGGCCCUCCAUCUUCUGGGCCUGCAUUAGCAAAUUGACCGCACGCUUCAAUUUACCCAUAUUAGCUGCAGCGGUCUGUGCAGGUCAGUCUCAGAGGAGUCUCGGGGGUGCAGCAGCAGUCGGCUGAACAGCAGCUAUUCGGAUGGGUAACGUACCCACUACCGUGAAGCACUGCUUGAGCUACGAGCAACUGGUCCAGGACUACCCAUGGCUGAGGCGCUGGCUGCAGGAGGAGAAGACCAUCACAACUCAAGAGUAUCCAGAGUUUGUUAAAAUCGUUGAGGUUGGGCCCAGAGACGGACUUCAGAAUGAAAAGGAAAUAGUUCCGACAGGGAUAAAAAUCCAGCUGAUAGACCUGCUGUCAAAGACAGGCCUGCCUGUGAUCGAGGCCACCAGCUUUGUGUCUUCAAAGUGGGUACCUCAGAUGGCCGAUCACACUGAUGUGCUCAGAGGAAUCCAGAGAACACCUCAUGUUCAGUACCCUGUGUUGACACCUAACAUGCAGGGUUUCCAGGAUGCUGUAGCAGCCGGCGCUACUGAAGUGGCCGUGUUUGGGUCAGCGUCGGAAACCUUCAGUAAAAAAAAUAUUAACUGCUCUAUUGAUGAAAGCAUGCUGAGGUUUGAGGAGGUCGUUAAUGCUGCCAAAGAGCGACACAUUCCAGUCCGCGGAUAUGUGUCUUGUGCGCUGGGAUGUCCCCACGAGGGACACAUCGAACCUUCCAAAGUUGCUGAGGUGGCAAAGAGGUUAUAUCACAUGGGCUGUUAUGAGAUUUCCUUGGGCGACACCAUCGGUGUCGGAACUCCAGGUUCCAUGUUUAAGAUGCUGCAGAGUGUUAUGAAGGAGGUUCCCACCAACGCUCUGGCAGUUCACUGCCAUGACACGUAUGGGCAAGCACUGCCCAACAUCCUGACUGCACUACAGAUGGGGGUCUGCGUGGUGGACUCGGCAGUAGCCGGCCUGGGAGGCUGCCCGUACGCUCAGGGUUCGUCUGGCAAUGUUUCAACAGAGGAUGUUCUCUACAUGCUAAGUGGCAUGGGCAUUGAAACAGGUGUGAACCUUGCCAAAGUGAUGGAGGCUGGUGAUUUUAUCUGCAGCGCUUUAAGUCGCCAGACAAACUCCAAGGUUGCUCAGGCCAGGGGCAGAACACUGUGACGCCGCUGGGAUGAAGGAUUUCCCAUUUAAAAGUGCUUCCCCUGUUGUUGCUGCCUUUCGGUUUCUUGACCAUGCUGCUGUAUUUAAAAAUUCCUGGUCUGAAACGGAUACUUGCAUGAUUUGUGCUUUAAAACCAGCUCCUUUGUUUCCAGUUUCCUAUUUUUCUUAUUCUAUUCAACAUUAUGUUGCAGAACUAUCAUUUUUGCUUAAUUUCUGAUCUGUAUUGUUGGACAUUACCAAAGAACAAGGACAGGUCACAUCAGCUUGAAAGUAUCCAGAGGGAGAUGAGGACAACAUCAAGUCUUCAUCAACCAAGGUUUCAAGACUGAUGACUUGAUGUGUCGAAGGACACAUUCUGGCCUUUUACAGGUGGAAUGUUUUUUAAAUUCUUACAUUUAUUCGACUCUGACAAAUAAACCCAGUGAACAUCAGUGACUUUUAUCACUUUGCAAAGCUCAGUGGCCUUAAAAACUAAAAAGCAAGAAGAUGAAAAUCUAAUUUCCUAAUUACUCUUGCGUUGGUUAUUGGCUGAUCUCAGUUUAUAAAUGUUUCAUUUGAAUGAACAGAGAAGAUGGAGUACAUGAGAAAACAUCCUUUCUCUUUAGAUAUGAUAAUCUAUGAUAAUAGAUUGUUAUGCAGAAAACCUCUCAAAAGAUUAUCAGCUUUACCUCCCUGUUGAGAUUCUGCAUGAAUAGUAAUUUAAUAAAAUAAAUGAUUACCACUGAAAAGUGUUUGCCCUCAGGUGUCCCAAAGAGGAUUUAAGAAGUGCCCCUUGAUUGUUUUUUUUUUUUGCCAUUAAAUAGAAAUUACCAUUGCAUAAGCUAUUGAUUGUGUGAAAGUCAAAUGUGGUUGUAUUUUAUCUGUGUUUCAAAUGUGCUCUGUGUAAAACAUCAUGUGAUCCUGAAUUUUAAAGAACUUUAUCUAAAGUGAUGUGACAGUGGAAUAAUUCCAUUUAUGUUGUAUCAUAUAGAACAAUUCUAAUUGCUCAUCUGGUAAUUUUAUAUCAUCUAA